AUGCCGCUAGUGCCGCAUGACGUAAGAGGAGUAAGUACCCGUGCAAUGUCAGAAGCGCAGCGUGUGAGGGAAGAGGGUGCUGCAGCUCAAACCAGCGAUGCAGAAGCCAAGCCUGUGCAGGUGGAUCUUCUGCUACAGCUGCAGCAAAUGAUGGCAGAGCAAGCGCGCCGCCAAGAAGAGCAAGCGCGCCGCCAAGAAGAGCAAGCGCGCUGUCAGGCAGAACAGCUGCGGGAGCUGAAAGAAGAGCAAGCGCGCCGCCAAGAAGAGCAAGCGCGCCGCCAAGAAGAGCAAGCGCGCCGGCAAGAAGAGCAAGCGCGCCGCCAAGAAGAGCAAGCACGCUGUCAGGCAGAACAGCUUCGGGAGCUCAAAGAAGAUCAAGCUCGCCGCCAAGAGGAGCAAGCGCGUCGCUUGGAAGAGAUGCACAAGGAUUUCACGAAGGGACUGCAAAAGGCUGUCGAACGGGUACAAGAAGUGGAGGAAGGGUUAGGCAAGUUGGAACAUCGCGUCAUGGCGAUAGAGGAGAGAGUGGAAGAAGAGAUCUCCAAAAUCAAGCAGGAAGUGGCAAGCCCAAGCCCUUUGAAGAGCCGAAGCCGUCUUGCAGCCGUUUUUGACACCCCAAAUGUGGCCUCAAGCGCAACGAAAGGGCUCAAGAUUCCCCAUUACGACGGAACAACAUCCUGGACCGCGUUCAAGCUACAGUUUGAGACACUUAUGGAGGCUUAUGGUUGGACUCAGAAGGAAGCACAGUCAGCCCUCACCCUGGCCCUCCGUGAUCAAGCGCUCUCAGUGCUGGAAGCUAUCGGCGCAAGUGGGGAUCUCAGCUUUAGUGCCCUCCUCGACGCACUUGAGGCACGUUUUGGAGACAGCCACCUUGAGCACGUGUACAGAGCGCAAUUAAAAGAGCAUACUCAGCGUGCUAAUGAGAGUCUACAGCAAUGGUCCGUGGAAAUCGAAAAACUUGUGCGUCGAGCUUUCCGGUCGACUCCGUCAAUGAUUGAAGGCACGCUUCUCCAAGCAUUCAUUGACGGUGUUCGGGACCCCGAAGUACGAGCUGCUGUUCAUCUGGGCCAUCACAAGAACAUGAAAGAAGCUCUGGCCCAUGCAUUGGAAGUGGAAGCCGUGCGUGAGCCUCCAACACCUCCACUAGACCUUCAAGUGGACUCAGUGACCAGUAACUCAGUCAAGCUGUCCUGGAGAGACACUAUCAGUACGCAUGUGCAGUACUACACUUUGCAGUAUACGACCAAUGACUUCAUGAUGUGGGAUACUGCUAAGAGCAUGAAUAUUACUAGGCAAGAGAAUGAUGUUCGCCAGAAUAUCGAGCUAAGAGAUCUGCAGCCGGCUAUGGACUACAGAGUCAGGAUAGCAUCAGGCAACCAAGUGGACUUGAGUCCUUAUACACAACCAGUUCAUUUCAGUACACAACAAGAAGCGCCAUCGUCAACGCCUCUUGGAGUGCAAGUCCAACAGACGGAUAAUCCUGGAGAACUAAUUGUAUCCUGGUUACCACCGCCACGAGAGAGCCACAAUGGACAAUUGCAAGGAUAUCAUGUGAAAGCUGUUCCUAGAAUCAGUGGGGAUCCAGUGCCCAAUGAUACUCAAACGAAAAUCGUUAAAGUCAUGUCAAGGAAAGGGAAGCAGGAGACUACUCUAAGUGGACUUUUGAAAAAUAUGAGAUAUGCUGUAUCUGUGAGUGCUUUUAAUUCAGCUGGCAAUGGGCCCUUUUCAUUACCAGUCUACCAGACUACGCGAGAAGGAGCUCCGGAACUGCCGCCAUCAGGAGUAGAGUGUAGAGGAGUAUCCUCAUCAUCCUUAAGAAUUGCGUGGCAGCCAAUCACAGCUCAGGGAGCAUCUUUACUUGGAUACUCAGUAUAUUAUAGUACUGAAGAUGGACCUUGGCAGAACAUAAGCUCAUCACACACGGAGCUGUAUCUUCAAGCUUUACUCAAAUACACCAACUACACUGUGAAGGUAGCUGGUUUCUCAAACUAUGGAUUGGGACCAUUCUCAUAUCCCAUCGUUUGUACUACAUUACAAGAUGUGCCUGGUCCACCAUCAGCUAUAAAAGUUUUAGUAUCAUCACCUACUUCCCUCCUUGUCAGCUGGAAGAGACCAGAGGAAGCAAAUGGAGACAUUACACAUUACACUGUUUAUGUCAAACCAGUGUCCAGCACCGGUUCACCUCAAAAUUACAGAGUGGAAUCUACACAAGAGACAAGUCUUCGUCACCUGACGUUUCCAGUAUCAGGUCUUUCAACUGGAAGACAGUACGAAGUAUUUGUUAGAGCUCAUACCGCAGUCGGUGAAGGCACACCUAGCAAUAGAGUUCAUAUUGACUUGACUUCUAAAGUGGUAGCGGGCGUGGCGUCCCUAGGCGGCGCGGUGUCAGUGGGCGUGGGCAGCUCCGUGCUGCUGGUGUGCCAGUGUGUGGGCGCGCCGCCGCCGCGCACCGUGUGGUACCACAAGCACAACAUCAUCACGCACCAUCCCAGGUUCACCAGGAACCACGACGAUAGCUUGCUCAUUAAUAAUAUCGACCAAUCACUAAGCGGUAAUUACACCUGCUUAGCCAAGAACCUGUAUGGUUCAGAUUCAGUGUCUUACGAAGUGCUAGUAUUACCUACCCCAGAACCGCCAAGUUUGAGGGUAACCUCACAUAAAAAUGCGAUACAUCUGCAAUGGGAGAUGCCAAGAAAAAUUGGUGGGAAGUCACAGAAAAUAAGUUACAACCUCACCUGGAAAGAAGCCAACGGUUCUUGGCAGGACGCUUGGUCAAGCAAGGGAACUUCUCUGCAAGGCACUCAAGAAUACACUCUUCAGGGAUUAAAAUGUGGCACCAAGUAUUCCCUUAGGAUGACCGCAGCUAACAGCGUGGGGUCUUCCCAACCAACUUACAUGGAUGCUACUACUUUAGGAGGAGUUCCAAUAUCACCAACCAGCACCGAGUGGUUCUGGAGUAACGCCACUCAUAUCUACAUUCAGCUCAGUGGCUGGGAUGACAAUGGGUGCGAAAUUACUAGGUUCGAUGUUGAAUACAAGGAGUAUGGAAGCAAGACUUGGAAGAAGGCUGAAAAUAGACUGCCUUCAAUAGACCAAGCGUGGAGCCACUACGUGCCCUCUUCAAUCCUUGCUCAGCCAAACUCAUUUGUGUUAGCAGAGCUGACACCAGCUCAAUGGUACCAUGUCAGGGUCACCGCUGAGAAUGCCGCUGGUGUCUCCACGUCUGUGUAUAGUUAUGCUACCACUACUGUACAAGGAGAAUCAGUUGGACCACCAUCAGAUUUCUUCGAUCUAAACAUGCUGGUCAUCAUCUGCAGUUCUAUCCUUCUCAUGAUCUGUUCGCUGACAUGUGUUUACAUACUUGUGAAGAGGCAUAACCACCACCACCUCACAGAGUACAGAAACUCUUUGACAGCCGAAUGUAAAUCAGAGCGCAGUAAUAUGACUGUGAACACACCGCAAAGUGUGCCUACUGAUAUGAGUAAUAGGGUCUAUAGUACACCUGUCCAUCUUACGGCGGAAAAUAAACAUGAAUUGUACGAGAUAAGUCCAUACGCACAGUUCGCGAUAGGUUUCCGAACGUUUGGUCAUGUGGACAAUCAAGAAGUGCCGAGUAGAGUCCAUCUACCUGGCAAUAGCAAAUCCAGAUAUGAUAGUGAAACAAGUUUUCAAAUGCGAUCCGAGUCUGAAGAAAGUGACUGCGUAUCGCGAACAACUACGCUGAAAAGUGUGCCAAGAAAUGGAUUACCUGGUGGUAAGCAAUCAGCGCCGCCCAUGGACACCCGCAACACCAGAGGGAGUUGCAAGUGCGUUGCCGGCAUAAUAAGUAUUAGUGGUUUUGGGGAUUCAAGUAUUGGAAAAGAAUGGAAGAGGAGAGAAAUGAAUGAAAGUAUAUCUCCCCCUCUAUCUAAAGUCUAG